AACCAGUCUGCAACAACAGAAGUAAACUGAGGACGAAAGGGGGAAGGAGGGAGAAACUGGGACAUUUUAACAUUGGAUGGAAAAGUGGGAUGGCAGAGGAUUAAUCGGGACUGUACCUGUCAAAUAGGACAACUGGAGGUUAUGAAAUGCAGCCUAAAAAGUGGGUGGAUUAUGGAUUAUGGACCUUUCAGGGCAGCAUUGGUGAGAGCCACAAUUCCCCCUCUCCCCAAUUGUUAACAGGGAAAUUAAAUUAUUAUUAUUAUUAUAUUUAUAUUUGUAUUUUGAAUUCCUAUAGAAAUAGGGACUCAAGGCGGCUCACAAAAUUGAAAACAGUCCAAGCAAAAACAAUAUGCACCUGUGAAACAUCCCCAAUAGUGAUAAGGAAAGCUAUUCUGCCUUCAGUCCUUCAUAGAGGUUUCUUUAAAAGUUGGAAGAAGUGUGUUUGGAGGGGAAAAGAGCUUGUCAUGCAAGCAGAAGGUGACAGUUGUGCAACAGCAGGAUGAGGCCAUGAUGAAAAAGGCCACGUCUGAAACUACCCGCUUUUGAAUCUAUUUUUUAGGAGUCAGCCAUUCCCUUAAUGAGUUUAUUCCAGGGAACACGCCUUCCUUCUCCGCCCUUGGAGAGCCUCUCAGCUAUAUAGAUAGGUAGAUCUCAAUUAGAGACGUUCCUUCAGAGCGUGAAGGGAAGCCAUCCUGAGCAUCUUCUCCCUGCUGUCCGUCACCCGCAGAGAUGUCGAAGCACCAGACCAAAAUCGUGGAGGAGGAAAAAGUAUCGGAAGGUAAACUUCCAAGCGAAGAAGGGCACUGCGAUUCGUGUCAUGGGCCUGGCUAUGCAUCACCCCUGGAAGCAAUGUGCGGACCCCGAGAGAAGCUGAUUUAUGUGCCGUGCAUUUUAACCGAAAGCGGGGCCCGCCAACCCGACUACUUGGCCACCGUGGACGUGGAUCCAGAAUCGCCAUGCUACUGCAAGGUGAUCCAUCGGCUGCAGAUGCCAUACAUCGACGACGAACUCCACCACACCGGCUGGAACGCCUGCAGCAGCUGUUUUGGGGACACCUCCAAGAAACGCAACCGCCUCAUCCUCCCCUGCCUGGGCUCUUCCCGAAUUUACGUGGUGGAUACAGGGACCAACCUGCGGGAGCCCAGGAUGUUCAAAGUCAUCGAACCCAAGGAAGUUAUUGAGAAAUGUAACAUGACUUUCUUGCACACCUCCCAUUGCCUGGGGAGCGGAGAAAUCAUGAUCAGCGGUAUUGGAGACGUCUAUGGCAACGGAAAAGGUGGAUUUGUCCUUCUGGAUGGGGAAUGCUUUGAUGUGAAAGGGACCUGGGAGAGGCCUGGAGACGCGGCACCCCAGGGGUAUGACUUUUGGUACCAACCACGAUACAACGUCUUGAUCAGCACUGAAUGGGGCGUGCCCAAAUACUUCGUCACUGGGUUCAACCCAGACGAUCUGAGAAAAGAGCGCUACGGCCGCCGCCUGAAUGUCUGGGACUGGACAACCCACUGCCUCACCCAGUCGAUCGACGUCGGGGAGGAUUCCUCCCCCUUGGAGAUCCGGUUCUUGCACAAUCCGGACUCGAUGCAUGGUUUCGUCGGCUGUACUCUGCAAAGCUCCAUCCAGCACUUCUACAAGACGGAGGACGGAUGCUGGGUAGCCGACAAAGUCAUCCAAAUCCCAAACAAGAAAGUAACGGGAUGGUACUUCUCUGAAAUGCCAGGCUUCCUCACCGACUUCCUCAUUUCCCUGGACGACUGUUACAUCUACCUGAGCAACUGGCUUCAUGGGGACAUCCGACAGUAUGACAUCACUGACCCUUACUGUCCCAAACUGGUCGGCCAGGUGUUUGUUGGGGGCAGCAUCGUGAAAGGUGGGUCCGUGACAGUCAUUGACGAUCCAGAGCUGGACUGCCAACCUGAUCCCUUUGUGAUCCAGGGAAAGAGGGUUCACGGAGGACCCCAAAUGCUGCAGCUCAGCUUGGAUGGCACCAGACUUUAUUGCACCACCUCUUUUUAUACUCCUUGGGACAAGCAGUUUUAUCCUCAGAUGCUCAGGGAAGGUUCGGUUAUGAUUCAGAUCGACGUGGACACCGUGAACGGCGGCCUUUGCGUCAACCCACACUUCUUGGUGGAUUUUGGGAAGGAGCCAUUCGGUCCCGCUCGGACCCAUGAAAUGCGCUUCCCCGGAGGAGAUUGCACCUCUGACAUUUGGGUGUAGCGUGCUCCUUUUUCUGACUAAAGAGCCUUCGUGGGUGUGGGAGAGAUGCUCAAAAUGCACCUGGGUUGGGGGGGGGGUCUGUCCAGCUUCUUUUAAUGCUUUAUGCACUCAGUGCUGGAAAUGCUGACUCUCUUUCAGGUCAUCCUUGGCUGGCUACAGGUGAGGCAGGCCCCAGGGUUUGUGCUGUUCCACUAUUGUGUUUGCUCUCUCUAUCUCUCUAAAAUAAUAGCCCAUGCUUACAUAGCGGGAACCGGGCCAUGCCUCAGAUACCAGUUGGGCAAGGAAUUUGCUACAGGACACUUGUCUAACCCUUGAAGGAACCAUAUCCAAGGAAAUAAACCUACCCCCCACUGCUAUUGGAGUCUAACCUGAUCCUGGUGUGUACGGAAGAGUUUUAAAGUGCAUGCUUUAAGCGUGUUCCUGCAUGGCAGGGGCUUAGACUGGAUGGCCUAUAAGGUCUCUUCCAGCUCUAUGAGUCUCUGGUUCUCCUCUAAAUACAUGGCUGAGUCCCACAUAAGAGUGCUUUGGGCUGCAUACUAUGGUUGUAAUCCUAUAGGGCUCACUGCCCCAUAGAAGCUCUACAUGUGGAUGUCUAUGCUAGGCUGAGCCAUAUAGCGCCAGCUCCGGACUUGCAAUGCAAUUUCUGAAUCUCCAUCCUCGCAGUAGCUCCGUGAUUCAUGGAGAGUGGGCAAAAUGAGACACAGGCCACACCUUUGCCCACCCCUGCCAUAGCCAGAUGUGAAAUGAUGACCACAGCACUGAAUUCCACUGGGGGCCUCUGGGGAUCUCAGCACUGAUGUGAUCAUUUUGCGUCUGGCUACAUGGACAGAGCCAGAAACCUCUCUGAUCCAAAUGCAUGCAUGCAUGUGUCCCAAACAGAAAACCAACCCAUGUGUGCUUUAUGCUUAUGGUCGAGACAUGUCCUGGGUGUGAAGAGAUCUAUGCAAAAAAUAACAUGGCGGGACGUUUGUCUGCUUGCUUUCCCUCUCUUCCGUCAAAGUCCCCUGUGGCAGCACCUCAUGUUUGCAAGCAUGCUCUUAUAUGCAACUUAAUGGCCCACAAUAUGUGAACUACGAGUCCCACUGGGUCCCCAAAAGCCCCCCUGGGCAGCUUUCAAGCAAGCAAGCGGAGGCAUGGAUGCUGUCGUGACCAAUUAAACGUUUUUCCAUAA